AUGACUGAUAUAUUAUCUACAUGUCGGCAAUUCUCGUUGGUUUAUAUUGAUGAUAUCGUGGUGUAUUCUCAUUCAUUUGAAGAACAUCUCAAUCAUCUUACACAAGUAUUAUCUGCUUUAUCCAAACAUAAUUUUCAACUUAACCCGGUCAAAUGUAGUAUUUUUUAUCAACAAAUCGAUUAUUUAUCUCAUACGAUAUCUAAACAUGGUGUUAAGCCAACCAAUGAAAAAAUUCAAGCGAUUAUUAAAUUACGACAACCUACUAAAUUAUCUGAAACAAAUAAAUUUCUCGGUGCUCUUUCGUGGUAUCAUGAUAAUUAUCCUGUUAUAUUAACAACGGAUGCAUCAGAAAUUGGUAUUGGUGGUACAUUACAACAAAAUAUUAAUGGUGAAAUAAAAAAUUUAUAUUAUCGUUCUCAAGUUACAUCUUCUACUCAACGACGAUAUGAUCCUAUUGAAUUAAAAGCAUUAGCCAUAUGA